AUGGGGACCAGUGAACAGCUCCAAGUAGCCAUCGUCGGCGCGGGCAUCGCCGGCCUGACGUCGGCCAUUGCGCUGAAGGCGCAUCCUGGUAUCAACGUACAGAUCUUUGACAAAGCGAGGGAGCUACGAGAAGUUGGCGCGUCGAUUGCGCUGGGUCCGAACGGGUUGCGGACGCUGGAGAAGCUGGGCAUUCACAAUGCGCUGGACGAUGAGAUUGCGUUCCGCAAUAAGUCGGGUUAUCCCAUGAUCUAUCGUCACUACAAGACGGGAGAAAUCGUCUCGGUUGACGAACAUCACGGCGAUGUCGACCCUCGCCACAAGACAGCCCGCUUCCACCGGCCUCACCUACAACAAGCGCUUCUCAAGCACAUCGACCCCUCCCAGAUUCACCUCAACAAAGCCUUCUCAAGUAUCUCAAACGACGAUAUCACGGGAAGACUAAACAUCACAUUCACCGACGGCACUACCACCACGGCAGACAUCCUCCUCGGCGCGGACGGCAUCCACUCCGGCGUGCGGAGCUUCUACGUGCCGUCGUCCCGGUCAAAGUGGACCGGCUGGACAGCCUUUCGCGCCGUGUACCCCAUCUCGCACCUCGCGCACAUCCCCGACGUCCCGGACGAGGCAGAGCACUGGUGGGGUGUCGACCGGACGUGGUUCAUGUCGAAGCUGGGCCGGGACUUGUUCUGCAUUGUCGCGUCACACCAGAGUGACCCGGACGCGAGCGAUGCGCUGUACAAGGACACGGUGUGGAACACGGACAGCGACGUGAAUCUGCUCAAGGAGCAUUACAAGGACUGGCAUCGGCUGGUCAGGGAGAUUAUCGAUGCCACGCCGGCGGAUUCGUUGAAGGUGUACCCGAAUGCCUCGGCGCAUGGGCUGGAGAGCUGGGUUCUUGGGGAGGGGAGGGUGACGUUUGCGGGCGAUGCGGCGCACGCGCAUGGUGGUGCGUUUGCUGCGGGUGGCGGUUUGGCUAUUGAUGAUGCGUGGGCAUUUACAACUGCUAUUCAGCAUGUAUAUCCUCCUGGCGCUGAGGCGCUGCCCUCGUCGGCAGAUAUUGAGAGGGCGUUGAGGUUGUAUGAGAAGACGAGGAAAGCGCAUACGGAUCGCGUGCUCGAUACCGUGCAUUCGACUAACAAGAAGAAGGUGGAGAGGAUCGGGAUUGUUGAGACGGAUGAGGGACUGAGGGCGAGGAUGAAGAAUCGGGUUGAGCCUGUUUGGAUCCAUGAGCAUGAUGUCGAGGCCGUGUUCAGAAAGGUGCUGGAAGACGAGAAGGCGAGUGAGAGGACGACAGAAGCUCCAUCUGCAGUGCAGAUAGAAAGUCGACUGUAG